GUUCCCUGCGCCUGCGCAGCGGGCAGGAUGAGUCCCGGAGAGGUGCUGGCACGGAGCGCCCCAGCAGCAGCAGCGGAGUGCCGGCAGCAGGAGACGGGAAGGAGCCUUGUUUUGCUGACCUGGAAAGUGUCGGUGCGCGGGCCCUGCGUGUGGCGGAGCCUAUGAGCCGCUGUUCGGGGUGCAGACCCCUCCGGCGGGACGGGCAGCUUCCCUGCGAGGUUGCGGGACGGGCAGCUUCCCUGCGAGGUUGCGGGACAUCUAGCCGGAGUUACACGAACAUGGUAGUUAGCUGAGGUGAGGACUAUCCCGGAGGAGCCCAAUGAGUGGCACACAGCCUGCGGCCUCGGACAGGUUUCAUUCAAGAAAACCAACCAGGCACGGAAGUAUCCUGAGCAGUGACACGGCAACAGACAAGAAGCUGAAGGUUGAGCGGAGUGUUAGCUCAUCCCACGACGUUUCAUCCCAUGAGUUUGAUCCUACAGAGAGUUCGUCCAGGAAGACAAAGUCUACUUGGGACGAGGGUAGACAAGAGACCUAUGGUUUAGUUCAGCGCUGUGUGAUAAUUCAGCGAGAUGAAAAUGGCUUUGGGCUGACAGUCAGCGGUGAUAACCCAGUCUUUGUUCAGUCUGUUAAAGAAGAUGGAGCUGCCAUGCGAGCCGGCGUACAGACUGGAGAUCGGAUCAUCAAGGUUAAUGGAACACUGGUCACACACUCCAAUCACCUGGAAGUGGUGAAGCUCAUCAAGUCUGGCUCCUAUGUUGCUCUCACAGUUCAAGGUCGUCCCCCUGGAUCUCCCCACAUCCCUCUGUCUGAUGGAGACCCAUUCUCUCCUGUGCACACGCCACCUUACUCCUCGGUGAACCAUGGGCACCUAGAAAGGAUAACCAGCCCUGUACUGAUAGGCGAGGAGAAUAAUUUUGUACACAACCAGAAAUUUGAAAUCUUAAAGAAAAUGCUUCAGAAGGAAAAAGAGCAGCUGCAGUUUUCACAGGAGGAAUACAACAGCUCACCAUCCACACAGCUCCGCAAGGAGAUUCAGGACACCCAUAAACAUAUACAUGAGCUUCAGGAGUUAUUAAAAUCCAAACACCUAACACAGAUAAAUGAGCUUGAAACGGACUCUUAUGACCAAGAACGUACUGAUUACAUUAUUGGAGAUGGAUCUCUUCCAAGUAGCAAUAUUACAGAUACCCCAGGUAGCGGACAGCGAGAAAAGAGUGUAUCGGAAGAAAGCCCAGAUAAGAGCGAGUGCCAGGAUACAGAUUCCCAGUCCAGCAUGGGAAGUCCAUCCACCCGCUUUACACAGACCAUUAUUGGUGCAGAGGACGAGGACUUUGACGCUGAACCGGAACAGCAGGUGACUGAUCAGUGCAGCUGCUUCCAGAGUAUGGAUCUGUUGAAGUAUCACCCUGCUCACCUUGCCGUCUUCAUAUUCCAUGUGGUGUCCCAGUUUGACCCUGCACCCUUGCUUUGCUACUUGUAUGGUGACCUGUAUCAGCAAACUAACUCAAAGGAGACACGCAGAGUAUUUCUGGAAUUCUACCAGUUCUUCCUAGAACGAACAGCGCACUUCCGUGUUUCUGUCCCAGAAGAGCUUGCACAGGAAUUGGAGAAAAGGCGCCCAGAAUUAAUACCGGAGGAUUUGCUGCGACAGUUUGUCCACACCAUGCAGGACAAAAUGUAUCCAGAUGUACAGAAACUUUUAGAGGACUUUAGGCAGAAGCGCAACAUGGGUUUGACCCUAGCGGAGAGCGAGCUAGCCAAGUUGGACGCAGAACGUUCCCGGGAACGCAGCACACUCGAUAAAGAGAGAACCUGCGCCGAGCCGAUCUUGCUGAAGAUUGAAGAGGUUUUACUGUCAUCACAGCCACCGGAGGAAGAGAAGUGUGGCAUCAUACAGUAUGUCAUCCUGACCUACAUGAAACAUCUUGGUGUGAAGGUUAAAGAACCACGUAUUCUGGAACAUAGACGUGGGCGCAUUGGCUUCUUACCCAAAAUUAAGAGCAUAAAAAAGGAGAAGGAGGGAGAGGAAAAGUGGAAGCGCAGGGGGCUGUCCAGUAUCUUGGGUCCUCCACGCCGACCCAGCCGGCAAGACAGUAAUGCAAUUUCUAGGGCCUUGCAAAUGCAGAAGCACCCCAAGCACUUAUCAACGUCGUCUUCCAGUAGCCCUGAGCCAGCAGAGAGCAGGUUGCGUUCCAGUGGAGCCUCCGUGGAUGGGCCUGACGCUUCUUUCAACCUGUUUUCUCCACCACCCAAUACUGGCUCAGCAUACACAUCGCCUGAUGGUACCAAGGAAUCGGAGGGAGCAAUGAAAUCUUCUAUGGAAGGAUUCCAUUCCACUGACUCUUGUGAUGGUAGUACUCGAACUUCAGGUUCCCUCUUUGAUUUUCCAUCACCUACACUGGAAUUGUUGCAGGAAGAAGUUAAAGACACUGAUCGGUUUAGUGAACUCGGAACACCAAAACCCUCCCGAAAGUUGGACAGCAUGGGUCUGGGAGAAACGCAGAGUGAAGAUGAACUAUAUGAUCCGGACUUGGAAAUGGAUCCUCCUAACUGGCAGCAGCUAGUAAGCAGAGAUAUCCUACAGGGGUUGAAACCGCAUGAGAUCAAGCAGCAGGAAGUCAUACAUGAACUGUUCUAUACAGAGCGAGCACACGUCCGUACGCUUAAUGUCCUCAACCAGGUGUUUCACCAGCGAGUGAUACGGGAAAACAUUCUAACACCUGCUGAAACGCGAAGCGUGUUUUCCAAUCUGGAGGAGAUCCUGCUGCUUCAUGUUGGCCUAAAAGAGCAGAUGAAAGCCGUAAGAAGUCGAUACGAAAACUCAGUGAUUAAGCAGAUUGGAGAUGAUGUCCUGAACUGGUUCUGUGGGCCUGAGGAGGAGAAGCUACGGCAAGCGACGGCCACAUUCUGCAGCAACCAGCCCUUCGCUUUAGAGAUGAUAAAGUCACGACAGAAGAAAGACUCCAAGUUCUUAAUGUUUGUUCAGGAUGCAGAGAGUAAUCCUCUGUGCAGGCGUUUGCAGCUGAAGGACAUUAUCCCGACUGAGAUGCAAAGACUUACCAAGUAUCCCCUUCUGCUGGACAACAUUGCCAAGUAUUCAGACCAACCAGAAGAGAGGAAGAAGGUAAAGAGGGCCGCGGAUCACUGCCGGCAGAUCCUAAACCAUGUAAAUCAGGCUGUCAAAGAAGCCGAGAAUAAGCAGAGAUUGGAGGAUUACCAGCGAAGACUUGACCUGUCCUACCUAAAACUAGGAGAGUAUCCCAUGAUCGAUGAGCUGAGGAAUCUAGAUUUGACAAAACGGAAGAUGUUUCAUGAGGGGCCUUUAGCAUGGAAGGUAAACAGAGAUAAGAUAAUAGAUCUGUACACACUGCUGCUGGAGGACAUCCUGGUUUUGCUUCAGAGGCAGGAUGACAAAUUGAUCCUCAGAUGCCACAGCAAGAUACUGGCCAGCACUGCAGACAGCAAGCACAUCUUCAGUCCUGUCAUCAAGCUCAACACUGUGCUAGUGCGGCAGGUGGCAACAGAUAACAAGGCGCUCUUCGUAAUAUCCAUGUCCGAAAACGGAGCACAAAUUUAUGAACUGAUCGCGAACACUGUAUCGGAGAAGAAUGUGUGGCAGGAUCUGAUAACACGUAUGGCCAAUCCCAGGCCAGCAAUUUCUCCAGGGAUUAUCACUGAAGAAGAGCAUGAAGAUGGGGAGAAGCAGAAGGUGAACCAUCAGCAGCAGCCAGGAGGAGGCGCUAUCACUGGGCCCAGCUCAGGCAAAGGUCCGGAAUCUGAAGAUCCAGUUCUGCUAAGUCCUGCUGAUGACACCAUCCUGCAGCCUCAAAGUAUACUUCCAGCAGUACCCAAUGUCAGCCCCAGCAAGCCUUCCCUGGAGCACGCCUGGGCCAUGGACGCACUCAGAAACUUGGAAUUACUCAGAACACUACUAAUGCAGCAAGUGAUGCUUCUCCAGAAAGAGGAGGCCGAAAACUUCCAGCGUUUCUGUAGUCGGAAUACCCAGGAACAAACGGCACAGACCGACCGGCAGCCAAAGCCUUUAGGACUCAACCACCAGCGGAGGAAAAGCAGGGAGUCCUGUUCAAGUAGACAGCAAAAAACUGAGAGCCAACACUCUGAGCGUGGCUGCACAGGCCUCGAAGUGGCAGAGGAGGUCCCAGGAGAGAGAGCAGAACAGGUUUUCUACGCUCUGGAGCCUCACAGCAAUGAACACUCAAAGGAUAACACUAAAGAGAAACACUUGGAGGAAAUGCAAUUUCGGAUAUCAGGGAAAUACCUGAUUCUGGAUGGUUAUGAGAACAUGCAGGAAAGUUCCACAGAUGAAGAUUAUAUUUGCUCAGAAACUUCUAUGCAAUGCACAUUCUCUGACCAACAAGCCGGUUCCUCUUCCUACGCAGCGGCAGAUCGGCUGAGUCCUCCUAUCACUGAGCUGUCUGAGCCUGCAGCAUCGUCGGAGAUGUUUAAACAGAUGUUACAUUACAUUGCAAAGAUUGAAACUGACCUACAACAGCUGAAGGGACUUGAAAAUCAUUAUCAUGCACUCCGAAAUAAGCUGGCUACAUCGGGUUUGUUGGAAGAUGAUCCAGAUAUCGCAAUGCUUCCUACGGACAAGGGGUGAAACUGAAGCCGCCUGAACUCUGGUCCAUGAGGUUCCAGUUACUUGGAGGCAUCUUCCUGCAGCCCACUAAACAUCUUCAUCAACACAAACUGCAGACAAAAUCAGUCCAGUCUUCCGUGUCCCAUGAGCCACAAAACACACCCAAUUAUCAUGUGUGGGUAUCGGCGUACACAAUUAUUUGGCUAUAGAAAGAGUGGAAAAAGAACACGUGAUAUCUUUCCAUAAAGCUAGAUCAUGAUGACUUGAUUACAGUGUCGAUUUGCCAGAAAGAUUUUCACCUUUUAUUAUUGUGUGAUUCUAUAGGGGGGAUACGGGCAUCCUCUCCCCUCUCCUGUGCCCGGUGGGUACAUAGAAUGUGACAAAUUAAAUUCGCAGUUAUCUACCCACGAUGGGCCUCACGAACAUUCACAGUGUUAGCGUGGGGAAACACGUGGCCAUACUGGACACGGUCAUACCUCCUUACAUGUAUGAGUCGGAAAACGGAAAGAGCUAAUUGCCAUACAAUAAAUAAGACAUACACCAGAUAGUGUUUAGAUGCUUGUUCUCCAAAAACUUAAGUGCAGGUUGCCAAAAACAAACACUACUGAGCUAUCAAUGCAUCCUUGAGGCAGGCACCAGUAAAACGCAUAACAUUGAGGGCCAGUAAUAAGGUUGCCUGUGUGCCUGCCUCUGUAUUUGCACUGACAGUGCUAGGAUCUUUAUAUUCCGAGUGUCCCCCCUCUUCUUCUAUUCCCCCCCCCUGCACCUCUUCCCAACCGUUCUCUGCUCUGCCACAUAUUCCCAACUGCACUGCCGCCCGCCCGCCUCUGUGAGACUGCCAGAAUGCACUGCCUGAAAGCUGUCCCAAAACUUCCUGCAUGACCAAAGUGUUCGGAAGACGGAACGCACCCAGUCUGCAGUGGCAUAUGCUCCGUGCUGAUCAGUGUUCUGUGCCAAUAACCGCCAGAUUGUUGCUGCUCCGCUCAAGUUGUCCCUGCACAGAUAAUCUGGUACCCAUACGUGAUGCCAUGUGGACACUUUACCUGUCAUACAGACAAUCUCUCCCUUCUCGUGCGCUGAUAACGAUGCAGCAUGUCCAGACAGUAAACGCGAGCCUGCAAUCAUUAUUUGUUUUUGUUUUUUUGGACUCCUGUAAUCGGAUUAGCACCAGCUGAGGUGAACAAAGUUUCCUUUGUAUUACUUUCUAGGCACUGACAUCUUCUCCACCAGCUUCCUGUUUGCUCUGCAUUACCAGCAAGUGCUGUAUUUACUAACAAAGGUCUACACCCCGUUACCCUCCUAUGGGCGUUCUCUUUAGUAAGCUUACGCUGCUGGGCCUGUUGCUUCCCGACGCCGAUAUUGCCGUAAUAGGCAGCAGUCUAGGGAUGCGCCUUUGCACUUUUAGAACAGGUUAUACACAGCCCUUUUAAGCUGUGUUUCCCAUUAAAGGGAGUUUUCUGCAUCCUUUCUGUAUGUAUUUGUAUUUAAAAAAAGGAAAAAAAAAUCUUCCAGUUAUAUUCCUAUUGUACAUGAGUAAUGUACUCUUACCAUUGGCUUCAGACAAGAUUUGGGAGUAUUAUUUUCAAGUAAGGCCGUAUUAACAUUCAUACUCUGUGUUUUUAAUUAUUGUGGAUGGGUGUCUAAACUAUAUAAUUAUCCAAAUGUAUGUUUGUGACAUAGUUAUUUUAUGAAUUAUAGCUGAUAAAGUUGUAUGGUUAUGGAACAGACUGUCUCUUGCAGAUGACGCAUUGAGAUGUGCGGCGGUAAAAUGGGAAGUAUGGUAAUAUCCUGAUAUUAAACAAGUUUAAGGAAA